ACGGAUGGAAGAGGAGGGAGAGGAUGGGAUAGGGGCUGGUGGGAUAAAGGAGCUACAUGGGUCUGUUGUCCCCCCUGCUGUUUCCCCUCCUGUUGCUGCCCCCCCUGCUUCUCACCCAUCUGCUGCUGCUGCCGGUGCUGCCCCUGCUCCUGUCCCUGCUCCUGACCAUGUUGCUGCCUCUACUGCUGCCACUGCUGCUGCUCCUCCUCCUCCACUCCCUGUGCCUGACAUAACAGCAUACAACGCAGUUCUAUUCGCCUUGUGUGAAGCUGGGAGGGUGCAAGAGGCAGAGAGCAUGGUGCAGGCACUGCUUGAAAGGGGGAGGGCGUGCGGGGAAGGGGAAGGAGGGGAAGGAAGGGAGCACAUGAAACCGGAUGUGCUUUGUGAGGAAGGAGAGGCGAACGCGAUGCAUAUAAACGCCACAGAUGGAGUGGGGGGAGGAGGGAGGAGUGUGAAACCGGAUGUGUAUUCAUACAGUGUGUUGCUGGGGGCGUAUGCAAGGGAGGGUGAUUGGAGGAGGGCGGAGGCGGUAUGGGGUGACAUGGUGGCAUGUGGCGUGGAGGGCAGUGACGUGGCUGCAUGCAAGGUGACGUGGAUAGAAGAGGGUAAAGAUGAGGAGGAGGGUAAAGAUGAGGAGGAGGGUUAUGGUGGCGGCAAUGACAAAAGGCAGCCAUUCGUUGACCCCACCAUUCAGAAGGGGCGUGAAGGGCAAGAGGAGCGUGAAGGGCGUGAGGGGUGUGAGGGGCGGGAGGGGCGUGAUGGAACGUCCAGUGGCAGUGCAUUGGAAUUUGCAAGUGUGACGGCAAUGCGGGCUGCAGCAACAGGCAGGGCGCCGUGGGCCGUGGUGAAAAGGGUGUUCUGUGGCUUGUGUGACAAGAUGGGCGCGCAUAGAGUGUCGGUCAAAGCAUUCAACGAGUAUCUCCACGUCUGCCAGCUGGCGCUGCCGCCCACAGCCGCCCUCCCUGAGAUGAUUGCCGGGCUCCGGUGGAUAGCACAGGCCGGCACUGUUGAUGAUGAUGGUGAUAAUAACGGUGGCACUGUUCAUGGUGGUGCGCCGCACAUACUGCCGGACGCCGCCACCCUCAACACGCUGAUGCCGGCAAUGAGACGAGCCAGCCGGGCGGCAGCAGGGCUUCUGUUGUAUGAGUUGCUGGUGGGGGGAGGGGAGGACAGAAAGAAAGACGGGGAUUCGUUGGCAGGGGGAAAAGAGGAUAAAAGGGAAGGUGAGGAGUUGUUGGAAAAGGGAGAGGUGGAUGGGAAGGAAGGGAGGGGAGGGGAGAGGGAGGGGAGGGAGAGUGGUGGGUUGACUUUGUCAGACUGGGCUGAAUUCGGGCUAACAGGCAGGAUGCAGGUGCUGGAGAGACAGCUUCGAGGGAUGGAAGAGAGGAAGGAGAUGAGGGAGCGGAGGGAGGGGAAGGAGAAUGGGGAGAAGAGGGAGAGGAGGGGAGGGAAGGAAGGAAAGCAGGCUCGCAUGGGGAGCGAGGAGGAGGGGGAGAGGGGAGUGAGAGAGCUGCUAGGCUUGCUGGAAGCAGCUCGAGGGGUGAAUUGUGACAUCCGCCCCACACCGGCGGUCCUGACAGGCCUGGUGGCAGUGAUGGCACGGGCAGGGAGGAGCAAGCGGGCAGAGCAAGUGGUACAGAGUGCACAGGCAGCAGGAGUAACGCUGCAGCAGCAGACAGCCAACGCUCUGCUGGACGCCCUGGCGUCCUCAGGGGAUGUGCGCCUCUCAUGUGUGCGCUGCUCAUGCUCCCCUCCCCUGCUCUCCCCGCACCCCCUUCCCUCUCUCCCCGCGCCCCCUUCUCUCUCUACCAGCAUCCGCCCCACACCAGCGUGCCUGACAGGCCUGGUGGCAGUGAUGGCACGGGCAACAGCAGACAGCCAAUGGUAUCCCUCUCAUGCUCCCCCUCCCUUGCUUUCCCCCCAACCCCUCUCUACCAGCAUCCGCCCAACACCAGCGUGCCUGACAGGCCUGGUGGCAGUGAUGGCACGGGCGGGGAGGAGAGAGCGGGCAGAGCAAGUGACAGAGCGUGCAGUGGCAUCCGGAAUUGUGCUGCAGCAGCAGACAGCCAACGCUCUCCUGGACGCUCUGGCGUCCACAGGGGAUGUGCGCCGCACUGCUGCUCUCUUCUCCCGCCUCUUCCUACCUCCCUUCCCCUCCUCUCCCUCUCCUACUGCGCGAGGCAAGGGGCGGCUGAAGGCCGGCCUGCAGGCGGACACGUUUUCCUUCAACGCUCUGCUGAAAGCCCAUGCCAGACGACUGCAGGCGGUGGGAUCGGGGCAAUCAGUGCAGAUGAUGCAGCCCAGCCCCCGAACCUCCAGCCAAGGUUCGGAUUCAGGUCCAGACUUGGAGGCUGCUGCUGCAGGUUUGGAGGCCGCAGGUUCAGAGGCCGUCAUCUUAGGCUCGGAGGCUGCAGGUUCGGAGGCCGUUACAUUAGGCUCGGGGGCUGCAGGUCUGGAGGCCGUUCGAUCAGGAUCGAAGUUAGCAUCUAUGGAGGGAUACGGUUGGAAGAAGGGGGGAUUCAGCAAUAUGAAUUCAAGCCCCUUGAACGAACAGCAAGGAAGGGUGGUUUCGGGCAGUGCCACUGAGGGCAGUGCCACUGAGGGCAGUGCCACUGAGGGAAUGUGGAGUGGGAGUGAUAAGAACGGGUGGGCAGUGCAAGGCCCGGUGGAGGUGUUUGGAGCGAUGCAGAGGAUGCAAGUUCCUAUCGACGAAUUCACCAUCUCGCUAUACGCACCCUCACUCGAAGCACUGAGGGAUGCUGACGAGGCAUCAUCCCUCCUCAAUACAAUCACAUCUCACGGCUAUCACAGCAGCCGAUUCUUCCCCCUCUGGUGCUCCCACAUCGUGGGGGCAUGUGUGGGGCGCGGGGGAGAGGGGGAGGUGGGGAGGGAGGACGUGCGGAGGGGCAUGGAUGUGUAUGGGAGGAUUAGGAGGAUAGAGAGGGAGGAGGAUGGGGCAUUGGAGAAAGUAAUAUGGACUCUGCUGCGAGCUUGUGAGGAGGUGGGUCUGUGGCAAGAAGCGAAGCAGCUGCUAGAGGACUACCGGUCCCUCAGGCAGGCCCUGCAGGCCAAAACCAUCAUCAUGCCGAUUCACAAUGCAGCGCCAUUCCUGCAAGAAGCAAUCGACUCCAUCCAUGCACAGACUUACCAAGGCCCCAUGGAGCUUCUAGUCUUUGACGACGGCCCGAGCAACGACCAAUCACGGGCCAUCCUUGAGGCAAAUCGCUCCGUGCUUGCCGCCCGAGGCAUCGCCCUGAAGAUCGUCGACGAGCGGACAGAUGCUGCCGCCCGGAAGGAGCGGAAAGACGCUGCCGCCCGGAGCGAGUGGUCAGAUGCUGCUGUGCUAACGGAGAAGACACAUGCUGCCGCCCUUGAAAUCUGUUAUCGUAGUAAAGAUGGCUUGGGGAAUGGUAGACAGACCGACAGCGGGAGUUUUGGGGACAAUGGUGGCUGUGGGGGAGUUGGUGAUAAUAACAGGAAUGGAGGUGAUGAAGGGGUUGGUGGCUCGUCAAGAGGAAUCCCUGAAGCCAGUCGUAUUCCUGACAGCAGAAGCAACGCAGACGGUUCCAGUGAGAGGGGGCAACAAAGGACCCAGCCGAGGGGGUGUGGGUUCGGGCGCAACCGAGCCAUCGAGCACAGCCGGGGCGGGUUCCUGUGCUUUGCUGAUGGGGAUGACGUCAUGGCUCCAGACCGCAUCUCCCUACAGCUUGCUCUCGCCUCUCAAAGCCGCAAGCUAUUGGUGGGUUCUAACUUCGUUCGUCUGCCAGCGGACGCCACGCCGAGGCUCACAGCGUGGGUUAACUCUCUUUCCCACCCACAGCUGUACCUGCAGCAGCUGGUGGAAACCACCCUCAUCGCGCCCACCUGGUUCUGCUCCCGACAACUUCAGCUCACUCAACAGCUGUACCUGCAGCAGCUGGUGGAGACCACCCUCAUCGCCCCCACCUGGUUCUGCCCCGGACAAGUCUUUGAUGCUUCGGGUCCCUUUGAUGAGAGCGGGCAAGGCACACCAGACGACCUCAUGUUCUUCUACCAGCACUUGGGCAACGGGGGCUGGCUGGGCAAGGUGAGCGUGAGCACAGGUCCGUUUGAUGAGAGCGGGUCCGGCACACCCGAUGACCUCAUGCUCUUUCAUCAGCACCUGAGCAACGGGGGUUUCCUGGGCAAGGUCAGCGUGAGACCCUUUGAUGAGAGCGGGCCCGGCACACCAGGCGGCCUCGUGUUCUUUCACCAGCACAUGCGCAACAAGGGCUGCCUGGGCAAGAUGGGCAUCACCAUUCGUCUUGCAUGCAAGGGUGAGGUGCCUCAGUCUCUAGUCACAUAUUGCUUCCACACGGCAUCUGUGACAGGCUCACGAGGCUGCCCCUGGGAGAGCAUCUGA